UCUCCCCCCUCUUCACAUUUUCUCUGCACCAAUUACAAUUGAAUUGAAAUUUAAACUCGCUGUUUCUGGCAGAAGACCAAAACAGAAGAAAACUUCACCCUUCAGAAAUCCCCCAAUUUCCCUCUCCCUUCCCAAAUAUCACCUCCUCCCUUUGAAAUGGAUUUGUUUGAUCCCGAUUUUCCUGCCAGGACAGAAAUAGCAACACCGGCCGUCUCUUACUCCACCUACAUCCGCCGGCUCCACCUCACCGGCUUCCGAACAGCGUUCAGGGCCGCCGAAUUCUCGGCAGCUCUGCUUCUCUUCCUCUGGAUGUUCAACCGGCUCCCGGUUGCCGUCCAGAUCUCCGGGGGAUUCCUCCUCCGCCUCGCUGGCGUCGUUCAGAAUCCUCUCUUCGUUUUCCUCUUCUGCAACGCCAUCAUCGUCACGCUAAUGCUCAAAUCCGCCAGAUUCCCCGCCGCAGACAAUGCGGAUGGGGAGGAUCUCGUCGAGAACCUCGUCGAGAACGCCGACGGUCGCUGCCUUUCGAGGACGGCGGUGUCGGAGAGUGGAUUCACUGCUCUGCCGCCUGCGGCGGAGGAAGAGGAAGAGGAAGAGGAGGUUGUGUUUCAGGACAAGGAAGUCGUCAAUGCCGUCGCCCCGGCCGUCGCCGCCUGCCAGGCCGAUGAAAUUGAUUCUAAGAAUGAAGUCAAUUUCUUCUACCCUUCCGAUUCCGACUCCGAUUCGGAGGCAGAAAAUCGGAAAGUUUUCCGGCGGACGAGGUCUGAGAAUCUGCAGAGGAAGCGCGGAGACGGGACGACGAAGAAGAAGCUGCAGAGGUCGGAGACAGAGAAGAGCAGGAAAACGGACGAAGGCGGCGGAGUAGGAGAAGGAGAGGAUGAGCUGAGCGACGAGGAGUUUCAGCGGGCGGUUGAAGAUUUCAUCGCCAAGAAUUUGAGGUUUCGCCGGGAAGAGACGAUGGCGGUGGUGGUUCAGGGGCGGUGCUCCGUCCCACAAAUCGAGCUUAAAAAUGGAAUCGUAACUAAUUAAAGUAGUUUAAGUAGGAUUAGGGUUUUGUUAAUAAGUCUUUGCUCUCUCUAAUUCUUUUGCCUUUCUAGAUCAUAGCCAGCAGCAUAGCUCAUAGCUGUGCUACUACUCUGCCUACUGCUGCGACUGCUCUCUGGCUGUACAGUUUACUCCCUGAGUUUUCUCUCCCAUCCCACGGCUGGUGAAAAGUAAAAUGCGGUAAAAGUAAAAUGACUGUUUUGCA